AAAAAAAAAAGUUGGUUUUUUUCUUUUUUCGUUUCGUUUUUUUUUUCUCUUUUUUUUUAAAAAAAACUAACUUAUAUAACAAGUAUGCUUCCUAUCUCUUCUCUUCGUAAUGCAGCUACCAUGUCAGUUAGACGCACUGCUGUUAUGAGAAUUGUUAAGCCAUCUAUUCCAUUAACUAUACAUCGUACUUUUGCUACAGAAAAUAAUGGUAAGGAAGAAAAUUCAAAGGAAGGUGAAGCUAAUAACACCGAUGGUGAAAAUACACCUAAAAUCGAAUUAACUGAAGAAGCAAAGAAGCUGCUUGCUGAAAAGGAUAAACAACUUGCUGAGAUUAAGGACGCUUAUCUUCGUUGCCUCGCUGAUCAAGAAAAUAUUCGUGAACGUAGUCGUAAAGAAAUUGAAACAACUAAAGAAUAUGCAAUUCAAAAAUUCGCCAAAGAUUUAUUGGAUACAGUAGAUAUUCUGAAUAUGGCAUUAAUAGCUGUCCCAACUGAAUUACGAUCCAAAGAAACUUCAGUUAAAUCAGAGAUUGCUACAGAUGCAGGAAAGAUACUUGAUCAACUGACAAACCUCUAUACCGGUCUUUCAAUGACAGAAUCAGAACUUAUCAAGGCAUUAAAACGUCAUGGAGUUGAACGUGAGAACCCAGAAGGACAAUUAUUCGAUCCUAAUAAGCAUCAAGCACUUUUCCAAGCUCCUGUACCUAAUAAGGAGGCAGGCACUAUUUUUGUUGUUCAAAAGAUGGGUUAUACACUUAAGGGUCGUGUGCUUCGUCCUGCUCAAGUGGGUGUUGUGGCUGAAUCAUCGUAAAAAAAAAUAAAUUGUAUAUUAUAGAAACAAUAAUAAAUGUAAUUACGUGUGCAUAAAAACCAAAAAAAAAA